AGAACGUUCGUGCUUAGAAAACAAAUUAGAACUUACUUUUGCUCUUUGAGAGCAAAAACGCACACUCAUUCCAUCGCCUAAACUAUAGGCGGACCCUUGAAAGUCGCGCUGUCCCUGCUAUCCAGCAAAUAUCCUAUCAUCUCUAUGUAUUCAGUUAUCUAUUUUCUCAUCGCAAUAUCCUCUCUUUUUGUCCCCCAAGUCGAUGCGCGACACUCGUCUUCAUCUUAUUCUCAUGCAAGGCGAUCUUUGGUAUUGAAGCAAAGAGCACCCGAUGAUAUUCUAGGAGGUCUUGGUAGUGUACUAGGUGGGCUUGGAAGCGGGCUAACGUCCUCUGCGCUCUCCAGUGCCGCAAUCUCGUCUACAGGCGCUAGCACGUUUACUACGAGCUCCAGCACUUCAGUCUCCGCGCCGCCGACGAGUUCUCAAUGUAACGGGCUCUUGGGGCUAGGUGUCGGAUGUCCCCCUCCGUCUACCUCGUCAUCAUCUACCUCUUCCUCAUCAUCAUCGUCGUCUACCUCGACUGCCACAUCAUCCAACUCCAACCCAGCAUCCACCACAACGUCAUCUUGUGAUGGAUUCUCGGUCUUGGUUGCCCACUUCCCACCUCGUCAUCUCCCGCUUCAAGCCAGCUAGUUUCGAGCGUGCUUGUAUCUUCUGGUUCUCCUACCAUUAGUUCGGCUGCUUCGACCACGACUCAGUGCAAUGGGUUGCUGGGACUGGGGAUUGGUUGCCCCGCUUCAAGUCAGCCAACUUCGAGCCAGCCAGCUUCGAGCGCGCUUGUAUC